UUUAUGCGCAAAGGUGCUGCGCACGGGUUUAACGCUCGACGCUUGCAUAUAUGGUACCUUAACGUUCAUGGUAUUGUAUGAAAAGUAAAGUAAAACGUAUUAUAUAGUUAUUGUCAAAUAGUAGUGUGAGAUUUAUUAAUCAAAAUCUUAAAAAUUGGUGGUAAAACGGUCACAACUGGUGACUCCGACGUGAUCGGGAAGAACAAUAAGUUAUUAAGAUAUCUCAAAAAUGCCAUUAGAACACACGCUUUCAAGAACCCGGCAACAGGAGAGUGAGCCUAAUGCCGAUACACACGAACAAUGUGACCAAUCAAUGGAACUAGAAUCUGUUGGAAUGACUAAUCCUACUGUAGGACAAUUAUCAUUGUAUACAACUGCAUUGCAGUUACCGUCUUUUUGUAAAGAGAACCCAGCCAUAUGGUUCCAACAAGCAGAGAUGGCCUUCGCCUUACACAGGAUAACUUCGGAUGAGAAGAAAUUCAGAUAUAUUGCUUUACAUUUAGAUAAUACUACACUUCCUUUUGUCAUAGACCUACUCAGUUCGCCACCAGCACAAGAGAGAUACGAGGCAAUUAAGAAUCGCAUUUUGGCUUCAUUUGGUGGAACUCAAGAGUCAAAACUCAGAAAACUGGAUGGAUUUAAGAUGGGUGAUGAAAAGCCGUCUAAUUUCCUUCAUCGCCUACGAAAUUUGGCCAGCGGACAAUGUACUGACACUGUGCUGUGGACAUUAUUUAUGAAGAAACUACCUAAAAAUAUCCGUGCAGCUCUAAUAAUCAGUUCUAGUUAUCCAAUUCGCGACCUGGAUAAGCUAGCUACUCAGGCGGACAAGAUUCACGAGAUAAUAAAACAACAUCAUUCGGUAGCAGUCGCUACAAAUACUAGUUCGGAAGCCUCCCCGCCAAGAAACCAACAGAUCGGGAAGUUAAGAGCCAUGAUUGAAUCGCUAUUUCGAGAUGUAUGGAAAGGACGUCCUUGUAAUAGAUCUCGCACAAACUACCAGCUAGAGACGUCGUCACAAUUGCUAAUUAAGGGUGCGUUCGUCUUGGUCAUGUACACUUUUUCGCUUAUAGCGUUAACUUUUACAUACAACAUUUUCGUUCGUUCGUCUUGGUCAUGGACAUGAAGGAUGGAACAUGGUUCUGAUAGGGGUGGCAAUGGUAGGGAGGAGGAAUAGAGCGUCGGCCAUAUUUACAUGGACUACUAGUGGUGCCACCUAUCGAUGCUUGUCAUAAUCAUUUGAUAAUACAGAGAAGCAUUUAUACAUAAAAAUGAGAAAAAAUAUUAAAAAAAAGUAACGAGUGUUAAUAUAUUUUAUAAUUACACUUUUCAUUAAAUGUGGUCGGUGACAUGUUAAAAAACUGGUCAUUAUAAUAAUUUAUUAAAUUCGCAAUAAAUUUAUACAAUGCACAA